AUGCACACAGAUGAUUCUGAUAUCACUUUCAAUGUUUGCCUAGGUUUUGAUUUUACUGGUGCCACCCUGACGUUCUGUGGCUACAUGGGCGCUGCAGACCAUCGCAAGGCUUAUGCUUCUCAGGUGGGGCGCGCAGUGAUUCAUCCAGGCAAUCGUCGCCAUGGUGCGGACGAUAUUGAGUCUGGCACGCGAAUGAACCUGAUUGUUUGGUCUCACAACAAAGCUUGGCGCCGUGCACACCCAAGCAGAUUGCGUCGAGAAUACUAUGCCAAAGAGGAUGGGCCACCAGAUCCAGUUUGCCUAAGCUAUACUCAUGACCGGGAUUUCCUGGCCUACAAGAAGCCACCCAAAGGACGUGCUGGUGGACGAAACAGACCUUGGCCCCCUGGCGGUCUCGCCUGGCGGUCCUUGAGACAGAGCUCGAUUUGA